AUGUCCUCUUUAGAGCUCGGGAUCACCAAAUGGCCAGGAGCUUGGACGUCCCAUAGUCCACCCAAGAUUCUGAACAGCGACGACUUUCCGCACCCGUUAGGCCCAAUGAUCAAAAGAUUGUCUCCAGACUUGAUCGUGAACGUUAAGUCUUGCACCAGGACAGUACCGGUUGGCGUUACCAAAGGCACGUUCUGGAACGAGAUCUCGUCGCCGUACGAAACGUUUGGACCUUUCACCAGGGGUCUGACAUUUGUGGCUGUUUCCACUGCCGAGUCCUUGUCCAAAGAAUUGUUGAUCUCUGUCAAUGCUUGCUCAAACUCUCUGAUACUCUCGCUGUAA